AUGCUGUUCAUAAAGGUGUCGACGUUGACGUUAAGUUUAUUCCCUGGAUUUUCGUGGGCCCAUUACUCUAUCCAACCUUCGUCUACCGAUGGCCUGCAGUUGAUCGACGACCAGCGGCUGCCUGAUCGGCGGUAUGCCGCUGAUUUCGACGAUAGCGAUGCCUUUACCCUCCCAUCAGCCCUGGAGCUGGCCGAGGAGACGGACACAAACACUACGACUGGAUUGGUUACAGAGGCCUUUGGGGGCGUUCCCCCUCGACUGUCCCAGUUUGCUUCGAUCUUGACGGGUGCCUACACUGUCACGGCAUCCGUCGCUGCCGCGAUCUGGACCCGGUCUCAUCAGAAAGACUGCAGCUACCACGCCGGCAAUAUCGACGGCUGGCGGUACGAGUACGACGAAUCACGACUGUGA